AUGUCAGGAGCACUCGCAGCGGCUGCUACUGGCGCCAUAACGCUACUGGGCCUUCUACACCUGCUACUGCACUGGAUCCACGAUGCGAAGGAGCCACCAGUCGCACCCACACCAAUUCCUUUCUUGGGACAUGUCUUCGGUCUGAUGAUGAAGAAGACCAAAUACUACGUUGAGCUGAGGAACAAGUACAACAUGCCCAUCUACACACUCCAUCUUCCAGGGUCGAGGCUGUACGUCAUCAACUCCAUGUUGCUCAUUCCGCCCGUACAAAAACAGUUCAAAACCCUUGCUUUCCCGCCAAUAGAAGCCAUGGCCGCUAAGAAUAUUUGCGGCUCCAGUAAGAUAGCUAACGAUAUCCUCGAUACAAACGUCAAUGGUGAUGACGGACCACGAAGCUACUCUGUCUCACAUUACCCUGCCGUCCGAGGCCCAUUGAUGCCAGGCCAAGGACUUGAUGCGAUGAAUCGUGUCAUGGCCCAGAAAGUUGCGGAUGCCAUCGACAGAAUGAAGUGCGAACAGACUGUCAAGCUCUUCGAGAAUUUCCAACCAGGUAUCAUGUUCCUUCUUCUUAAACUCUUUCCCUCCGUGCUCGCGAAGGAAAGUGUCUCGGCCAGGAGGACGAUGGCAAAUGCAUUCCUCGAUUACUUCCAGAAACAAGGCCACCUUGAGGGAUCAGCUCUCAUCAAAGCGCGCGUUGAACAUAGUCAAGAGUACAGCAUACCUUUAGAAGACAUUGCGAGGUAUGAAUGUGGGGGCGCACUGGGCAUUCUCACCAACACUUCACCCACCACAUUUUGGAUGAUCUACCACAUCUAUUCCAACAAGACCAUCCUGGAAGAAUGUCGACAAGAGCUUACCAAGGUUACUUCCGACACUUUGUUAGAAGAAGACGGCGAGACAAAGACACUCCGCACCCUCGACAUGACAAGCGUCAAGAGCGCAUGCCCUAUUCUGCUAUCGACAUUACAGGAAGUACUGCGGACGCACAGUAUCGGCAUUUCCGCGAGGCUUGUAAUGGAAGACUACAUACUUGAGGGCAAGUAUCUCCUAAAGAAAGGUGGCACAGUCAUGAUUCCCGGACCAGUCCAGCACACAAGUGCAGAAGCCUUUGGCUCGACUGUGCACUCGUUCGAUCACCGGCGCUUCUUGCCAACAGAGCGCAAACACAAUCCCAUCGCUUUUCGAGGCUUUGGCGGCGGUACAACGCUGUGUCCUGGCCGUCACUUUGCGACCACCGAGGUACUGGCUUUCACUGCGCUCAUGAUCCUUCGCUGUGACGUUUCGCCGGCGUCGGGCGAAUGGGUUUAUCCUACUACAUAUAAGGCUGCAAUGUGGGAGACAACGCCCAUGCCGGAUUUCGAUCUAGAGGUUAAAGUUGCGCCACGAGCUGGCAUCGACAAUGAAGUCAAAUGGCGAGUCUUGCUCAGCGAUUCGGACAAGGGCUUAAAUGUUUCCGUCGAGGACGAGUAG